AGGUCCGCUUUUGACGCUCCGAAAAAGCGGAUUUUGCAGAGAGUCCCUGAAGGCCCGCUUUCUCCGCCCUCGCCGGCUCCUCCCCCUCCGUUUGCCGGUGCUUCGAGCCUCGGGAGCGGCCAGGAGGUUAUAAAGGACCGGAGGGGCUCGUCGGGCGGCGCUGCUGGCCGACUCUUUACUCAUGCAGCGCCGUCGCCGAAGGAGGGGAGCCGUGCGAAAGCACCGAGGGAGCAAGUGAGGCAAGGAGGAAAGGACUCCCCGCUGCUACAUCUUCGCCGCCGCCGCCGCUCCCUAGUCAGCCGUCCCCUCAGUUAGCGCCGCCGUCCGCCUCCCUCCUCUUUUUCCUCGCCUCAGUCGGCUCGCCUGGAAGCGAGGCGAGGAGGGGGCGGACCAUGCGGUGGAAGCGGAGCCCUUGGAGGCCCUGGCGGCUUCCCCGGCGAUCGUUGCUGGCCGCGCUCUUCUUUUUCUCGCUCUCUUCCUCGUUCCUCUACUUCGUCUAUGUGGCCCCCGGCAUUGUGAACACCUACCUCUUCAUGAUGCAAGCCCAAGGUAUCAUGAUUCGUGAAAAUAUGAGAACAAUAGGAGCGCAGGUUUAUGAACAGGUGGUCCGCAGUGCCUAUGCCAAGAGGAACAGCACUGGAAACGACUCUGAUUAUCCUCUUGAUUUGAAUCACAGUGAAAACUUUCUUCAAACAACAACUUUCCUUCCUGAAGAUUUUACCUAUUUUCCAAAUCAUACUUGCCCUGAGAGGUUUCCUUCUAUGAAGGGGCCAAUUGAUGUAAAUAUGAGUGAAAUCAGUAUGGAUGAGAUCCACCAGUUUUUCUCUCAAGACCCUACUAUCAAAUUAGGAGGCCACUGGAAGCCUAGUGACUGCUUGCCUCACUGGAAGGUGGCUAUUCUUAUUCCAUUCCGCAAUCGUUUUGAACAUUUGCCGGUUCUCUUUAGACAUCUUAUUCCUAUGCUACAACGCCAACGUUUGCAAUUUGCAUUUUAUGUCAUUGAGCAAGCAGGUAAUCAGCCCUUUAAUCGUGCUAUGCUCUUUAAUGUUGGCUUUCGGGAAGCUAUGAAGGACUUAGAUUGGGACUGUUUGAUUUUUCACGAUGUGGAUCAUAUACCUGAGAAUGAUCGUAACUAUUACGGAUGUGGACAGAUGCCAAGACAUUUUGCUACUAAGUUGGAUAAGUACAUGUAUAUACUUCCAUAUGCUGAAUUUUUUGGUGGAGUGAGUGGCUUGACAGUGAAACAGUUCAAAAAAAUCAACGGCUUUGCAAACGGGUUCUGGGGCUGGGGUGGAGAGGAUGACGACCUUUGGAACAGGGUUCACUAUGCAGGCUACUUGGUUACUCGGCCAGAAGGAGAUACAGGGAGAUACAAAUCGAUUCCCCAUCAUCACAGAGGGGAAGUUCAGUUCUUAGGAAGAUAUGCACUGUUGAGGAAGUCCAAAGAGAGGCAAGAAUUGGAUGGCCUCAAUAAUUUGAACUAUUUUCCAAAUAUUACAUAUGAUUCUUUGUAUAAAAACAUAACUGUCAAUCUAGCACCAGAGCUGGCUCUGGUGAGUGAAUACUAAGAGAAUAUGAGAAGAGAAUGUCAAGAGAUGGUUUUAUAUAUGUCUCCUGGACAAGAAUAAUCUUGUGUCUCAUGAAGGAUCACAGUGUUUUGAAGAAUAAUUUUCAAAAAUACGCACCGAGAUCAUCAGACUGUAGACAUAUUCACACUGUCAGCGAGUUCAGACUUAACUUGCUUUUUGAUUUCUUUUUAAAAAGAACAAUAGUGUGACCUGCUGAUUUUGUUCCAGCAUUACAUUUCCUUAAGCAAUCUCCAGUAACAAAUAGAGAUUGAAUGUGUUUUCCUACUCAUAAAACCAGUUUGGCUUAAGAAAGAAAGAAAAGUCUUGGUUUCUUGACUUUUAGGGUGCUGUAAGCCACAGGUGUCAAACUCUCUGCGUCAUGUUGUCAUCACGUGGCGUUUCGUGGCAUUUUUACCCUUCGCAGAGCUGGGCUGGGUGUGGCCUGUGCAUUUUGCAUCCGGCCUACAGGCCACCAGUUUGACACCCCUGCCAUGACCAUUAUUGAAGAUGAACUGUUACCUAACAGUGGCGCCAUUCUUUUGCAUUUGUGUUUGCAUUGGUUUUCUAAUUGACUUGCUUGAAGGGAAAAAGAUAUAUAUCUAUAUAUCUAUAUAUACCCACAAUCACUUCUUAAAGAAGUAUAGAUGUAGAUAAGCUGUAUAAAUUGCUUUCUUUUAUUUUUUAAAAAAUGCAGUUCAAAACUGAAGCUGAAGGUUUACAACUUAGUAUAACUCAAGUAAGCCCUCAAUUGUGCAAGCACUUCAAUACAUCAGGAUGACAUGCAAGUAAUUGUCUUCAGGGCUAUUUAAGCAGUUGUUGGUGGGAUUGAGACUGUCAGUUCAUUGGUUAUUUUAGAAACAAUACCAGUGUUUAUUGGAAAAGGAGGAAUCUGGCAUUGGGAGAGAGAAUUUUAUUCAUGAAAGUGUAAAAGCCAAUUGCAUUUGGGGGAAUUGCAUAGUCUUUCUGGAGUUGUGGUUUUCUUUUUUUCUUUUUUGGUGUGUGACCCAGUGCAUUUUGUCCCCGUAUUCCAAACUGACAGCAAAACAUCAGAGAAAAUAUCUCCCUGUUUCAUCUUGGUAAGGGACAAAAAGUCCCCAGAAAAUUAACCAAGUUUCCACUUCAUUUGGUUGAAGUUUGCAAAUCUUUCAGUCUGUUGUUCGAAAAGUCUAUAGUGAUUUCUGUAACUUUAAUUGGGGGGGGGGGGGGGAUGAAUAAUAUUUUGAUAUCUUUAUUGUGUAAAUGAAACUGAACUAAUAUAGAUUAAAACUGUAGGUUGAAGUUCUUGGGUAUGAUUAUUAACCAGAAAAACAUUGCACAAGUACAAGUACUGGGAUAAAUGUAUCCAGACUCCAACUCUUAAUUACAAGAAUGAAGGGCAUUGAGAUUAGUUUUUUAAAAAAUGUGAAUAUCAGGCAGAAUUGGUUGGUCCAUAAUCUCUAUCUAGUUUUUGUUUUAACCUUCCAUAAUAAGUUUGUGCCUUUGUUUUGCUUUUCUGCUUUAAAACCAGUCCAUCUCUUUAUAUAGCAUGUACAGACUUUUUUAAACCGGGGUAUUUUCUCUGGUAAAACAAAUUGUUCUUUAAUAUAUAUUUAUAGACAGAGUUUAAUGUGAAAAGUAGUUUAAUCUCUUUGAUUGCAUUGUUGCCUUCAGUUGCUUUAACUUGUAUAGGAGACUUUUUUUUUCUUUAAAGAUUUUGGGUUUGGUAGAUAUAUGAUCCCCCAUAUACAACUGCUGUGGAGGUGAUUAACCAGGCCCAUUUUUUUGAAUCUCAAGGGUUAUGAAGGGGUGAAUGUGUGCUUGUGCAUGAAAGAGAAAGUGUGCAUGUGUCCAUCUUAUUGGCGGAUAUGAAAGGGCAGGAAGUCUGUUCUUGAAUUUGCUGAUAAGUAGGCUUUAAUAUUGUUCCAUAAUAGUACCUUUACGGUUGCUGCAGAGGGAAUAACUUAGUUUUCAUUCUUUUAAUGGCACAUGAAGCAAUAAAGACUUCUACAUUUUGAUAAUUUUCAGUUGUGAAUAAUUCGUAUGUAUUUUUUUUAACUUGGAAUGCUAGUAGAAAUUAACAUUUUAUUUAAUGGUGCUUCAGUUGAGAAUGUGUUUCAAUCUGUCUUAAUUCACCUUGACAUUUCUAAACAGCUAUUUGGCAGUGCUGCACACACAAACACACACACUUUAAAAAUAGAUUGUGCACCCUUCUACUAUACCCUCUGAAUUACCUCUGCUAAGAAAUGCACUUGUUGAAGAUUGGUGUGAAAGAGUCAGUUUCACUUCUUAAUUAGUACUGGAUUCAUCCUCCCCCCCCCAAAAAAAAUUUUUUUUCUUCACCUUCCUUUAAAAGCGUGGAAUAUAUUUUAAAUGUGCACUGUUGCUUUUAUCAGAUAAGUCAGCUAUUGUAUGAUAAAUGUAAUUGUUGGAAACAUAACUGUUAAGUGCAUGUGUUGUUAUGGUGUUUUUAAAAAUCAUUUAAAAUCUGUACAUUAAUAGCUGACAUUUCAACAGAGUGCUCCCCAUUUUCAUCAGCAGUGUCAGCUACUAUUGCUAAGGG